GCUUUUCAAUGUUAAAUGUCAAGUACAUGCUCACCAACUAAACAAAAUGCUCGUUUCAUUUCAGGUCCAAUAGUUGGUAGUUUAAACCUCCGGUACGGCAGCAGAACCGUUUGUUUUAUAGGCGGGUGUAUCGGAGCUAUAGGUCUUAUAUUAGCGUCUUUGUCUAAAAGUAUAGCUGUUUUCAUGUUAACGUUCGGUGUAAUUGUUGGACAAGUCGCCCCAUCCGAAAUAAUGCAGAACAAAACAUUUUGUGACCUCAAUAACGUGAAUAUUACUUGCGAUAGUAAUGAGAUAAUUGCCAUCGAAUCUCUGAACUUCUAUUAUCAUCCCGAUUGUUUAAAUAUGUGUUGUCGCUUUCAUAAUAACCACAGUAGUGUUGGAGCAGACGACAACGAUAUGCAGGAAAUUCGUCGCGAAUGUUCAGGAAGGCAAAGCUGCAGCGUAGACAAAGCUGGACCACGUUUUUUUGAAAUAGUUGGUAAUGAAACACCUUCCUACGCUGUACUGCAUUAUGCUUGUAUUCCAGGAAACAGGACCACGGCAAUCUGCAACAGUAAAGAACUGAAGUCUGACGGUUCAUUGUUGUAUCUAACGAACCGCAAUUACCCAUCUGUAACUACCGGCAGUGACACGUGCUCAUGUUCCAUCGAGGUCAACACGUGCACAUCAAAUGUCACUCUUUCUAUACUCGAUGUAGACCUGUACCUUGACCAUAGGACAUGUGACCAAAACAUUGAGCUAAGAGAUGGAAUGGGUGAAUUGUUGGAAAGGUUAGACUGUGGAGGCUACAACAACAGUUUUCCGGCAAGGGAGCUAAAGUCUCACUAUGUGAAAAUAGAUUUCAUUAACAACUCCACCCAAAAUCAAGAAGGCUUAUUUUUUAUUGGAUUUGCAGCUUCUGAAGAAAUUGCUUCGUUCAGUCUAAGUUGUCCUGCCAAGCAGCAAACUGUCUGUCUACAAUGUGAGGACACAAUCGAUAUUCCUCACGGAAAUGUGGUACCUCAUGACGUCACGAACAAAAGCGAGGGUGCCCUAGCAAACGUCACUUGUGACGUAGGAUACGAGCCAGACAAUCUCACUAUAACAUGCUUAGGGAAUGGAAAAUGGGAAAAUGCUACAUGUCGUCCGAAAGAUUGCGGAAAUGUAUCUGUUAUCGAAAACGGGAAAUAUAAAGUAGAAGACGAUACAACAUUUGGGGCCGUGGCAAUUGUGAUAUGUAACGAAGGAUACGAGUCCGACAAAAACAAUAUAACGUGCUUAGAGACCGGAUAUUGGUCUAGUUCGUCAUGUACUGCCAUACAUUGUAAAAGUGAUUACCAAAUUGAUAAUGGUAAAGUGUCAUCAGCUGAAACAACAGUUGGUGCGAUCGCCGUGGUAACGUGUAAUACAGGGUACACUGCGUCUUCUCUAAUUGUAGAAUGUCUAAGUACAGGGGAAUGGCAGGAUGCAACAUGCAAGAAAAAAGGUUUGUUGGGACUCGAACGUGUUUCUGCUUGCGGUAGAUGAGUGCGACACUACAAU